UGUGUCUUCUAUGGAUUCCUUUGCUCUCUUAAGAACUUUCUUUGUACUUUGAGCUGUCCACCCUCACCCCCACAGUCCAGCCUGGGUGGCCAUUCGGGAACAUUUCGGAUAGGAUGGAGUCAGUGAGUGACAGGCAACUGGAAGUCUCUCCUGUCCCCUCAGCCCUGGCUCUCUCCUGGCCCCUCACCCUAUCAGCUCUCUGAGGUAACAAAGCCCAGUGUCUAGUGUCACCAUGGCAACUCCAAUGAACAGCUAGGAAGGCUGCUCCCUAGCAACCCAUUGGUCCUCUUGGGCAGCAGUGCUGCUUAGUCUGACCCUGCAGAGUAGUUUACCUGGGAGGUGAGGGAGAGGACUUGUGAGGUGGGUGGGGCUCCAUCACCACACAGGGCUUCUUCCUCUUCCUCUGUACCCAGAGCGGCUUGUGGCAGCUGCACCUUCCUUCCCUCCCUGGCCGACGUCUCUCAGGACCUUCUUCUCCAGGAGCUCAGAAAUUGCAGGUCCCAGAGCCAAAAUCCAUGGAGCUGGGCCACUCAGCAGGGACCACCACUUUGACCAGGACCCGCCUGAACGACAAGGAGGGCCAGCAGGACGUGGACACCUGGAGAGCUGCCCAUAGCUCCUUGGAUAGCUCCAAGUUCAAGUACCAGCCAAGGCAUUCCCAGAGCCCCCAAGGCAGCCCCGCUGGGCAGGGCCACCCAGAGGUUCCGCCCCCACCACCAACACCUACCAGCAGGACUUCUCCGAUGAUGGGUUCUCAGCUUGAGAAGGGGCCAUCCAGAGUCUACUCGAGAGAGGGCAGGGAGUCGUUCCAGGGCAGGGAAGAGGAAGGAUCAACCUCGAGAGCCCCAGAGCAAAGGACAGUCCCUCUGAGCCGAAAGGAGAGCACCAUUCCUGAAAACAUCCACCACAAGUUUGGGAGCAAGAUAGUGGACCAGCUGGUCUCUGAGGGGCAGGCUCAGAAGGCCACUGGUGAAAUCUUCGAGGACCAGAACAGGUCAAGCUCAUGGCCCAGCAGGACCCAGAGCCCUGUGGAAAUCUCCUCCAUCUCAGACUACUAUGACCUGGGCUACCACAUGCGGUCUAACUUGUUUCAAGGGGCCCCGCAGGAGACAAUGAGCCUCAUGAAGGCUUCCUACACGCCCGAGGUGAUUGAGAAAUCGGUGAGGGACAUGGAGCACUGGCACGGCAGGAAGACGGAUGAGCUGGGACGGUGGCACCGGAAAAAUGCUAUGAACAUGAACUUGCAGAAAGCGCUGGCUGAGAAAUAUGGAGAAAAAAGCAAAUCCAAGAGCACCAAGUAGUUGAUAGGACAUUAGAAGACACGCUCAAAGGAAGUGUUGGCAAUAAAGAAAGGUGCGAGUCGA